AUGGAUGUUACCUGGCCGACGCAGCAGCCGCCACAAUCGCCGCCUGCCCGAAGCACCAUCCAGGCCGUGCCCCCCAGCGGUGCCGCGCCGCCACGAGCCCGCCGCCGCCACGUGUCCCUCACCGCCCCCGUGCUGCCGGCGUGCCCCACAGGCCGCCCCGCCACGCCCCUGGGCCCACAGAAGCCUCCGCUGCACCAUAUGUGUCCCCAGCACGCGGCGGCCGGCGUGCACCGCAAGCAGCAAGGCCCCGCCCACCCACAGUCCCACGCCCACCCACAGCCCCACGCCCGCCCACCGUCACCCACGCCCACAGGGGAGAUGAGGGUGUGA